AUGAUGGCGUCAUCUAUGAAAGAGUUCUCCACGAGUAAUAACAACACUAUUCGGAAGCCAAAAAGUAUGUCUGUCAAAGAGUUGAAAAUCAAAUCACUCAUCGAGACUGUGGACCUGGACGCGGCGCCAACCCCAGGGCCCAGCCCUCUGGAAAGGGUCCGCUCAAUGCGUUCUUCGAGCGAUUUCGAGGAAAGGUAGGCGCUCUUCUUAAUUUCAGUUUUGAUAUUCUAACGCACGUCAUACUUACUUUGUGUUUGAAAACACCUCAUGGCCUUUCAUUUGACGCCAAAAUAAACGAGUUUGUUUUAUUCAGCGUCAGUUUACAAAAUAUGAUAUGUCAUUGCUUGCUUCCCAUUGCCAUCAGCCGGAAAAUGGGGGUUGGGGCAAAGGAUUCAAAUCGUACAACCGGGGGAGCCGGAACCCAAAUUAUCCCCGUCAUUUAAUGGUCCUUCAGAAACGACUAUAUGGCCAACUUAGUUGAGAAUAAAUAGUUAAUGAGAAGGGCAUUUUCCGGCUUUUCUUUUUUCCAGAUGCCGGUUUUCGCACGCAUUCCACCGCGGCUCGGCUCCUGGACCCGGGUUUUGGUGACAUCCAAACUUAAUCUGCGACAUCCCCGCGCCUCGCAACCGGCACUUUACUCUUUACCUGGCUCUCUUGACGACAGGCCGCUUGUCGGCCGUUCUUUGUUUGAGGAGUAGGCCAUUUUGGAGUGUUUCUUUCUCUCUUCUUGAGGCGAUAGUUUGCUGACAUUACAAAAGACCUAUUAAAAAGUGUCAUUAUCCUUGUACUAUAUCCAAUUCAAGGACGGAACGUCAUACGCUGUCAACAUAUUUCAUGACCCCAAACUUGACUUUAAAAGCCGCGCGCGUGUUAAUUAAAUUUUGCUGUUGAGAGAACGACAGCACCCGGCGCUACGCAUAAAAGGGUUCCGAACAAAAGCAACAGGCCCCUCCCCGAGACUUGAUAUGUGCCAAAAACACACAGGCUCCGGCAGGGGUAUGAUUGGGAUUUUCCGGUGCGCGACCCGGCCUUUGCUGCAAGAGAUUAGGCCCAAGCUCCAAAUUCCAAAAACUGCCCUUUUUCCUCAACCGUGACCACACGGGUGCCACGGUUUGCAUAACCCCCGGGAUUUUAACCAAAGGCCAUUUUUGAUGCAGGUCAACCAACUACUUUUCUUAGUAUUUGACAAGUAUAGCAGUUUGGCCUUGGGCUGUUUCAAGGAGGCUUCUGAAUUUAUCACUUUAUAAAUAUUUACCUAUUCCAUUGGUCUCCGUGACAUAGAAUAACCCGACAGCUUGGCGGUUUUUUGGGGCGGUUUCCACCUCGUUACCCCUGGAUUGAGGACAGAGUUUGCCGAAAACUUUGUCAGUUGACCUUUCUCUUAUAGUCAAGAUAAAGACCAGCUGGGAACCAACCUUUAAUUUUUUGUCAUCAGCUCACUUUCCCGCAGUUAUCAUAUAGGGCAAUUGCUAAUAAUACUGGGGUCUACUGAAAUUUGCUCAAUAUUAUUUUUUACCACUGUUCCCCGCACACCGGUCAUGAAGACGGCACUGGUUUUGAAGGAAAACCCGCUUCUUGAAAUGGGAGUUCCUAUUUGCGGCCGAAAAGUCUUGUCUCUCAUAGUUUUUAUGACACUUGACCCUCCAGAAGGAGACGUGAGUAAUUAUGAUAAAGUGAAGUUCCACUCUGUUUAGUUGAAAAAAAAUUAACUUUCUGAGCAGUAAGGCAUACCGUAUUUAUAUACUUUAUUAUAACGCAUUAUUUUCCCCUUGUCAUCCUGUAAUCUCUUUCAGACGCAAAGUGAGCGAUGUCGCCAUACAUUUGACAUUUUGAGGCUUAACGCGUACUUUCCCAAGAGUUCUUUUGACUUUGGCAUAAUUCUGUUUAUGCAGCUUGCCAAUUAAAAAUUCUCCCACCAGCAAAAUAAUGAAUCGGCAAUAACCAACGUCUGCUAAUUAUAGGAGCUCUCUGAUGGACAGUGAGUACCGGAUUAUAUUAAAUGUCGGCGGAGUCCGGCAUGAGACAUACAAGCACACACUCAAGAAGAUACCGGCUACUCGCUUGUCGAGGUGAGUACCAAAUCUAUCGGAAUCUAACAGUUUUUAUUGCAACAAUCACUAUUUUAUUUCUCAGAUUAACUCCCAACUUGGCCAAUUAUGAUCCUGUGCUCAACGAAUAUUUCUUCGACCGGUAAGCAUACGCCUUUCUCGAUGUUAUUUUCAGACAUCCGGGUGUUUUCGCACAAAUUCUCAAUUAUUAUCGUACUGGAAAACUACACUAUCCCCUGGGUAUGCCUUAAAAUUGUAUCUUUAUAAGAAAUUCAGAUGUUUGUGGGCCUUUAUUUGAAGAAGAAUUGAAGUAUUGGGGAUUGGACGCCAACGAAGUGGAGCCCUGUUGCUGGAUGACAUACACACAGCACAGAGACACACAAGAAGUUUUGCAAACAUUAGACAAAUUGGACAUCGAUGAUGAAGCUCUUAAUAACAAGGUAUGGAAGAAGAUUAAAUGUUGAAAUAUGGUUUUAUAAUACAUAUCAUUAGUUAAAUUUUUUAUUCAGGAGGAAUUAUAUCGAAGGUUUGGAUGGGAAGAUGACUAUCACAACCAGAGUCUGAGCCCAUGGCAGAAGUUGAAACCAAAGUUAUGGAGACUCUUCGACGAACCCAGUUCAUCUCAAGGUGCAAAAGUGAGUGCGAUUUAUAUAUCAUACUCCAUUUCAGAUAGUGGCAGUAAUCUCUGUGUUCUUCCUUAUUAUUGCCAUAUUGGUAUUCUGUCUGAAGACUCAUCCAGGAUUACGUGUCUACGAACUAGAGAACGUCGGCACUGUUAAUGCCACGAUUCCUGUAGCCCACGAAACAGAUUCUCGUCACACCAAUCCACAUCAUCAGCAUACCUUUUACAAGUACCAAACACAGACUAUAGGCGUUGAUAAAACAAAUUCUAAGACUCAUCCCAGCUUCACAGUUAUCGAGACAGUUUGUAAUAUAUGGUUUACAAUUGAAAUUAUUAUACGGUACGCUAUGAAAAUAAUGGUUUUAUUGCUUUCAGGUUUAUUUGUUGUCCUUCAAAAAUUAAAUAUUUCAAAGCUCCGGUGAAUAUCAUAGAUAUCAUUGCAACUUUAACCUUUUAUAUCGACCUCUUCUUAACGACCUCAUUCGGUGCUACAGCCGACUUAGAAUUCUUUUCAAUUAUUCGAAUCAUGCGAUUGUUCAAGCUGACUCAACAUUCUCAAGGACUCAAGAUCCUUUUGCAUACUUUCAGGUAAUCGCUUACGCAAUCUUUAAUCGUCAAAUUGCAGAGCUAGCGCAAAAGAAUUGAUGCUAUUGGUAUUCUUCUUGGUUCUCGGGGUCGUGGUCUUUGCGGCCUUGGUUUACUAUGCGGAGAGAGUGGAAGUUAAUCCGGACAAUCAAUUCCAAAGUAUCCCACUGGCAACAUGGUAUGCAAUUGUCACGAUGACUACGGUAAGGUAAUAUCUGAUUGCAGAAAUGGGUUUAGAUUGGCUAUGGAGACAUGACUCCACAUACGUUCCUUGGUCGGCUGGUCGGAUCACUGUGUGCUCUGGCUGGUGUAUUGACAAUCGCUUUGCCAGUACCAGUCAUCGUCUCCAACUUUGCCAUGUUCUAUUCUCACACACAAGCCCGCUCCAAGAUGCCCAAAAAACGAAGAGUUGUUUUGAGCGCAGAUCAAGUCGUGAGUUUACAGAAAUCAUAACCGGUCUUUGUGUUCACAGGUCAAGCAACAACAACCCGUGCAUCCUCCGCGUAGAGUUAUGAUGAGUGGAAAGAAUUCUGGAUUCACUUACGAACAGCAAACCCCUCUUCUGAACAAUACAAACAAGAGUUCAAAGGAGAUCCCCACUGCCAGGAUAUAA